UAAAACUUUAUGAUAGGUAUGUAUGUAUAUGAAAAAUCGUAAUAUGUAUAGGGUUCCUUACUGUCCAGGGUUUCAGGCAUCCACUGGGGGUCUUGGAACGUGUCCCCCACAGAUAAGGGAGGACUACUAUACCCUGGGAAUUGGCCUGGGUUGGAAUCCAGGGUUAAGGGAAACCGGGCUGUUGCUGUGACAACUGAACAAAUCUGCUCCCAACUCCGCAAAGGAAGAGGGGAACUAGUGUACGUACGCCCAGGCUUUUCCGAAGGGCAGGGUAGGGAGAAGGGCCGGCCGGAGGCCCUGAGAGGGCUGGGCCGCAGGCCGUCAGGCGGGUGGAAUCCUGCUGCCCGCCUGCCGGGAGGGCGGAGCUUCGGGUCUCCACGGACACGGCUUCUCCUAGCAACCUGGCGGGCGUCGAGCUGAGCCGCCGGGGCGAUGGACGCCGAGAGCCUCCUGCUGUCGCUGGAGCUGGCGUCCGGCAGUGGGCAGGGCCUCAGUCCGGACCGUCGGGCCUCACUGCUCACUUCCCUGAUGCUGGUUAAGCGCGACUACCGCUGCGAUCGGGUCCUCUUCUGGGGCCGCAUCCUCGGCCUCGUCGCCGAUUACUACAUCGCGCAGGGCCUGAGUGAGGACCAGCUCGCACCGCGCAAGACACUCUACAGCCUGAACUGCAUGGAGUGGAGCCUCCUGCCCCCUGCCACAGACGAGAUGAUGGUGCAGACAUCCGUGGUGAAGGGCCGCUUCACGGGGGACCCCUCGCAUGAGUAUGAACACACUGAGCUGCAGAAGGUGAACGACGGCGAGAAGGUCUUUGAAGAAGAAGUAGUGGUCCAGAUCAAGGAAGAGACCCGCUUGGUGUCCAUCAUUGACCAGAUUGACAAGGCUGUGUCUGUCAUUCCCCGUGGUGCCCUCUUUAAGACUCCUUUUGGACCCGUCCAUGUCAAUCGGACCUUUGAAGGACUGUCUUUGUCCCAAGCCAAGAAGCUCAGUUCCUACUUCCACUUCAGGGAGCCUGUUGAGCUGAAGAACAAGACCUUGCUUGAGAAGGCUGACCUGGACCCCUCCCUGGACUUCUUGGAUUCCUUGGAGCAUGACAUCCCCAAAGGGUGUGGCUGGACAGCUCUGCUUGGUGCUGACUUCUGAGCCUUCUCACACGCAGCUGGAUGCUCCAAGGUGGGUGGAUAAGGCCUUCCCUCCACAGUGCUGGGGGAUUAGGGGGGUUGACAUAAGAGUGCCUUUUUCCCUUGCAGUGUGAGAGGCAAGGAGGGGGCCAGACUAAAGCCAGGGCUAGAUGGGGUGUGGGGGCCCAGCAAAGUCUCCCUAAGGGAACCCCCUUAGCCCCAUCAGCCUUGCCAUUUGGAAUAAAGGGGACGCAAGAGGCAGCUCUCUCUGCAGCAGUGAUGUAAGAUAUGGAGCUUUAGGGUUUUCCCAAAGGAUGCUGGGGCCACACUGAUGUGUCUAGUCGGCAAGUAAAUUCAUCAGGCCGCUGGGAGGUACAGGAUCUGGGCCAGGGAGGUGGGUGAGUUUCAUUGGCCUGAGGCCCCAGACUUCUUGCCCUAAUGGUGGGCCUCAGGGCUCAAGGAUUAGCUGAAGUUCGUAUCGCGGUUCACCCCAGCGUGUUGCUUUGUCCUCAGCACUGAAGCCUUGGGAGCUGAGGGCUUCUGCCAUCUCCUAUGCAUGUGGGCCCAAGGGGAGGGAUGCUCCUGGCCUGACCUUGGGAAACCUUACAUCUUUUGGUCCUCCAGCCCCCUUCCUUCCAGAGCCACCACCAAAAAGCCUCCAGGAAGUCAGGCCGAGCUUUUUCACAUGAUUGCUUGGUGGGCCCAUGGUGUGAGGGUGGAGGUGUGGAUGGUCGGGGGAGAGCAGACACUCUGAUUUUGCUUCCAGACUCCCUUCCUUAUCUCCCAGUGAAAGCAGGAGCGCUGGGAGGCAGACAGCAGCCUGAAUGGCAGCCUGAAUGGGCUGGCCUAAGUGGGGUCAAAAUCCUUGGGACACCAGCACUGGUUGGAGAGAUGGAAUUUGGCAGCUGUUUUCUGCCCAGGUAGAUCAUUGUUUCCUUUCUGGGUCAGAGGCAACUGCUCAGGGGGACUUCAUGUCACCUGUGAGCAGGUACGAUUUAGGUUUCCCUAUCCCUGGGACUCCUGCUCUCUGUGCCCAUGGAGGUAGGCAGUUGCUCAGCAGUUUGUCCCUGGGCCAGCCUUGGCUGAGGAUAGGGAGGGAUGUCGCCUGGGGCCACUAAUACCCUCCUGAGCUGUCCUGCCAUGUCCUGGGGUCAGCCGAGUUUCGUGGGAGUGGGUAGCUUUGGGGGAAGAACCAUACUCCUGGUGGAUGCAGGGCACCAGUUAAGAGUUCUCUGAGCGUGGGCUGCAGCCAGGUGAGACAGAUGGAGCACCAGGUCAGGAGGCCAGAUUUCUAGGUAGUACUCUGCCACUCGAUGCUCCUUAACCUUUCACUCCAUCAGCAAAUAGCCACUGAGCAGCCACUAUGUGCCAGGCAGUGGGGAUGCCGUCGUGAACAAGACAGAUACUGUCCUUGCCUCACAGAGGUCUGGGAAGAUCAAAUGAAACAGAGGAUGGGAAGUGGAAAUGUAAAAUAGAAGGUGCCUCACAAACAAAGUCCCUGGUGUCCUGGGAAGCAGCGAGGGGCAGGCAGAGCCGAGAGGGAAGCAGAGCGUGAGGGGUGGAGGGCAGGGCUCCCAUCCUUGCUCCACCCUGGGCUGGAGCUGGCAGAUCUCAGGAAGUGCCAGGCACAGGGCCUCUGGGGUUCCAGCACACAAGUGGGGUGGAGCUCUCAGCAGCAAGGCCCAGUUCAGGCAGCAGAGGGCAGCAAGGGGCCUCCCUGCCUAGAAAGCAGCCUUUAAAAGGUGCUAGUGGUGGUGAUGGCUGGGGAGAGGACGGGGGACAGGGGAGACAGGAGCACUGGAGUGGUGGGGAACAUGGUGCCCAGGAUCUUGUGGGUCUGUGCAGGUGGCUCCUCCCACCAAGUUCCUUGGAAGCCUGGCUGACAGGUGCUCAGCCUGGACCAGGGUGCCUGGCCUUGCCCAUCAAUUAGACAGGGCCCUCUUCUGCCUCUCGCCCCACCCCCACCAGCCUCUAGGGGGUGUGACCUUACCUUGUGGCCCUGGUGUGGGGGGAGUGGCUGCUCUGAGAAGGGACUGACGCCAUUUCUGUGGUGUGACCAGUUGUGUGGUACUGGUCUGAGGAGAGGGUUUCAACUAUCUGCUGCCUGCUGAUCCCCAGCCUGGCCCACUCCGCCUUCAAACUUAAUCUCAGAGCUUUGCUGCCUUUCUUCCUGGAGGGCAGGGCAAUGCAAUUAUGAUAAGCAUACUCUGGCCUGAGGUUUCCAGACUAGCAAGGUGGGUGAGACCCCAAGGCCCAGGAAACCCAGGAGGACUUCCUGCUGAUUGCAAAAGGCCCUAUUCCUAAUUUACCAGCUUGUUCCCCACCACAUCCUCAAAAGACAGCUUGUGGAGAAGACUGACUGCCAGGGGGCAGGAGGGGAGGUUUGGGGCGACUUAGCCUCUGGGCUAAGAACUGAAAACAUCAGGGCUGCAGGAGGCUGCUUCCCCUGGAGUCUGAGAGGAGGUGGUGGCAGCUGGCUGGGCCCAAGCCUUUCUGGCAGUUGCAAUAAGAAAAGUGGGUGAAGGUGACAGCAAGUGCCUGGGUCCUCAGGUAGAUGCUACGUGACUCCUGGCACGUUGGGAGCCUAUGUGUUUCCUGGGCGACCAGCUGAGCCAGGGACAAGGAGAGGAGGACAGGAGUGUGACAGGAAUGCACGGGAGGGAGGGAGGCAGUGUUGUUGGCUGGCCUGCCCCUCACAUGCCACUUGUGUGCUCUGCCAGCACCCUUCGGCCUGCUUGGCACUGACCCCCUGCCCUGGUGGGGGGGAUCACUGUAUUUCUCUAGCAUCCCUGACAGUUUCUUCUUGCUCUCUGGGGCUGGGAUGAGGGGGAAGUCCCUGCUGAUGAGCCUGGGCCCCCUCAUCCAGUGGAGGCAAGAGGUAGCCAAACCCUAGGUGGGCAUGCUGGUAUGAGGGGUCAGGACCCAGCCCUUGGCCACGGUGUGCCAAGGUGCUAGUGACAGUGACCUGAUGAGUGGUCUAGUUGGGGGACUCCAGGACUCCAUUUCUCCAGAACAGCAUUUGGCCCAGGCGGGCUGCAAGCUGCUGUCUCCGGGUGGGCAAAGAGGAGUGAGGCAGAGCCUGACUUUUCUCAGUUCAAAGGAGCUAUGUGACCAAGGGCAGGGAGGGACUGUCCCCAGACAAUGCUCUGGGCACUGGAGGGGGUAACCAAGGUGUGUUAGGGAAUGCCCCUUCCUGGGGUCUGUGCUUCAGGCCAAGGGUCUGAAUGCGGUACACUGGGAACACUGCGUUCUCUCACCCUCCACUCCCAUUACCCCUAGGCAAUCUGUUUUCUAGAAUGAGUGACUAUGAAAGCAACAGACCUGGGCCUCUAGAACUCUGAGGGCAGGUCUGGGAGGUGGAGGACCUCAGGUGUCCAGAGAAGAAAGUUCUAGGAGCCAGGGGAAAUACUCCUCCUUCUCUGGCCAGGAAAGGCACCCCCUUUUAGGCAGCGCCCCACCCAGACCUCUAACCCAGGGACACUCUUCUUUCCUCUUUAUGUUGUCUGGCUGGCACUGUGUGGGCCUGGGGGAGUGGAACCAAGCCCACACUGGGGCUUCUACUUCAUCAUCUCAUGCAUGGGUGGUGGCACAUGGUGCAGGCCACUGCAGAGUGCUGAGAUGGGCUCCAAGCCAGCCUCUCCGUAAGCAGGCCAGGGCCAGCUGAUCUACAUGCACCCAGAAAGCUCUGGCUUGGACCUGGGCAGGUGACGGCACCCUGAGCAGGGCGGAGCUCCAUCAGGGCCGGGGGUUCCUGGUGGUCAAGUCUCUCGGAUGCAGGGUGGCCCCCAGUGGGUGGAGACUAGCUGUGAGGCUGCUGGGUGUGGAGUGACCAGGGUGGGCCAUGGCUGGAGGAGGCCUGGGGGAAGCUGGGGCAGCAGGAGCCAAGCAGCCGGGCUGAGCUGGCAGCCGAUGAAGGCCUCAGUGCAGCUUGCAGUCCAUCGCUGGCUGGUCUAACACCAAAACCUUCAAAGCAUUUGCCUUUCUGGCAGGGCCUGGAGCAGAGCUGCGGCUGGGCUGGGGAGAGGCCUCAGUGCGCAGGGGAAUAGAAGCUCCAGAUCUGCAUCCAGAGGCGAUUUUCCCAGGCUCCUUCCUCCCACACAGCGGCUCCCUCCCUUGGUUCUGGAGCUGGAUCAGGCCCUUCCCACCAAGUCCUCGUGGCUGCACAACCUAGCCCCAGGCUGGGCUGCUCGUCUGGGGAGCACACUGCAGGGUAGAACCCAGGACAGACAAAGGCUCAUUAGCUGCAGCUCAAGUCCCCUCCUGCCAGGACGGCUCCCAGUCUACCAGCUGCCAGAGAGGGCUAUUGAGCUGGGAAACCUGAAACGGCCAAACUUCCGUGUGAGCCCCUGGUCAGGUCUACUCCAUUUCAGAUCAGAGGCUUCUGGGACUGGGGAAGAGAGAGCAGAAUGGCAAGCAGGACAAAUGGCACUAGGACGGAAGGUCACUGUGAUUACCCCUGGUACAGGGUGGGGGAGCCUGAAGUCUCCCCUAGUCUGGCCCCAACUCCCCUUGGCCUGUGGAUUCAGCUUCCUCCCCCACUCAACCCUUAACUAGAUUUGCUGACAGAAACAAAACGGACUGGUUUGAGUUUCACCUCUUUUCAUUUCCUUUGCCCUCCCUCUGGAAGUGGUUUUAAUGAGCAGUGAAAUGGCUAAAAGGCAAUCAGGAGGAGUAAAGCGUCGGGAUAAUUAAAUUGUCUUCCCUUUUCCCAGUGGAACCUUAGCACCCGGGCUUGGUUGCCCAAGGCGCUGGGGGCCUCUGCACACCCAGCAGAGCUCCGGCUCCAGAGCACCCAGGCCUUGCCUCCUGCCCGCCUCCUCCCAGGGUCCUGGAGCAUCCAGAUGGAGAGGGGCAAUGCCCUGGUGGUCCUGCGCAGCCUGCUCUGGCCAGGCCUUACCUUCUUCCAUGCUCCCCGCACCAAGAACUGUGGCUAUAUCUACAUGGGCACCGGUGAGAAGAACAUAGACUUGCCCUUCAUGCUGUAGAGGGGGCCACGCCUGCAGAUUUUUUUGUAAAGUCUAAAUAUUAUUUUCUUAAAAUUCAGUGAAUUUGG